AUGGGUUACGACGAGCAGUUCCUCAAGCCAGAGGGAAGGCCAGGGGACAAAAUUGCUGAGUGGGCUGCAUACGUGUCCUUGGUGGCGACAUGGGGUAUCACGAUUUCCAGCAACAAUUCGAAAUCGCAAGGGUUGUUCUUUUUCCAUCCGACACUGCAGAGCUUGGCAAUUGCGAUAUUUACUUAUGGUAUAUUGACUCUGCAGCCCACUUCCCAAGCCAGAACGAAGGCUGCUGGGCUGACGAGGCACCAAUUGGCGAUGUUGGCCCUCGGCUUUCCGGCGAUGGCUUUGGGUACCUUCGCGAUCGUCUGGCGCAAAUAUGUGAACGACGCCCCGCACUUUAUCUCAUGGCAUGGUACAAUCGGGAUUAUCUCUGUAGCCUGGCUUGUAUUGCAGAUCGUGUUGGGAGGAGGAAGUGUUUGGUUUGGCGGACGUCUGUUUGGAGGCACUCCAAAGGCGAAACUGGUCUGGAAGUACCACAGGCUGUCCGGGUACAUCCUCUUCCCGCUGUUGCUGCUUGUGACCCACCUCGGGGGGGCUUGGUCGAACUGGUCGAAUAAUGCCAGCGGUUUCUUCGUUCGUUUGCUGGCGUUCACAAUUAGCCCAAUCGUGUUGCUUGCAGCCGUCUUGGUCCGAGUCCGGUGA